AUGUUUGUAAAUCAAAUAAAUUCAAAGGAUCUUUUUACCACAAAUCCAAUGAAAGUCUAUGGGGGCAAAGAAUAUUCUGAUUCCCAAGGAAAUUCACAGAUGUGUUCACAGCUUGAAUUUUCAAAUACUAACACUAACAGUUCACAGGAAUGUUUUUCUCAGCAAAUCAAUGUGGGAUUUUCUCAAAAUGAGUCUCCCCAGAAGAAGUCUUAUUACCAGAAAUUUGUCUCCAGAGGACCAUUGUUUACCCAUGGAUCAAAGCAGCAGCCAUCAACUAGUCGGAUCACAUACAAACAAGAUUUGGAUGGAAAUAAAGCAAGGGCAAAGGAAAGGGACGAGAGAGAUCUUCUCUACACAAUUGUUAACACAGUGAGUCAGUGUGCAACUGAGGUGAAGAGUGCAGUAGAAUUGGUGAAGGAAAACUCACAGAAUGCAAGUGCAUCAUCGGACAAGAGAAUUAUUGACUUCUUGCAGAGCUUACAAACCGAGCUUGAUAAGCGAUAUGAAGACAUUGGGAAUGCUGUGAGAAAAAGAGAUGACUCCAAGCAGGAGAAUCAGUGCCUGAAAGAGGAAAUAGCUGCUAAAAAUGCCACAAUAUGUGAACUACGUGAGAAGGUGGAGAAACUUGAGGAAGAUCAAGAUAAGAAGAUAGUGGAAGCUCUGCGGGAUGUUUACAAAGAACAACAGGAACUUAACAGAGAACAGAUCCAUCAGUAUCAUGAAAAGCAACUAAAAGAGUUGUCCAAACAGGCAAAUCUACAUAAGGGAUACCAAACCACUCUUGACAGCCAUGCAGUUCAGUUAAAGCAUAAUCGGGAGAAGACACAGCAACAGCUUUGCCAACUUGAAGCUGAUGUGAGUAAAGAGCUGGACACAUACCAGAAAGAGCAGCAAAACAGAUACAGCCAGAUAACAAGUGAUUGUCAAGAACAGAUAAAAAAUCUCCAUCGAGAACAGAGGGGUGAACUUGUAGACUACUUUAACAAGCAGAUGUCAAAGACGAACAACUUGAAUGGCCAAAGGCAACAAGAGUUGCAGAAACAAUUCCGGGAGGAAAUAGAGUCUCUCGGGAAACAACAGAAGGUGGAGCUAGUGGCUUUGAUACAACAGGAGGUGCAGUUGGAGUCCAAGGUACAGGAAGAUAAAAGUGACAAGAUGCUGCAGCAGAGUUUAAAUAAACAUCAGGAAGAGCAGGAGAUACUGGUGCUGGAGCUCCAACAUCAGAAAAUGCAACGGCAGAUAUGUGCCAAAGAGAUGGAGAAACAGAGCCAGGCAUAUGAAGAUGAAAUUCGUCAACUAAAGAAAGAAAAUGCAACCAAGAAAGAGCUAGCUGAGAGGGAACAGAAGAAAGCCAAGGAAAUGCAAGAGAAAGAACUGGAAAUCCUGCGACGCAAACACGAACAAGAAUUUGAAGUAUUGAGACGAAAACACCAGGCGAAUGAUGCUAUAAAGCAUGAUGGGUACAUGGGUUGCCAAACAUCUCAGCAACUCGUGCCAGUUUCCACCAACCAAGUUCACUCCUCAUCUGCGUCACAAUUUAGUUGUCCUGACAUUGAUCCAUUGGGGAGGUGCGAUUCAAAUACAUCUGAUGUUAAACUUAAUCCCAGGAAUGCAAAGAGUCCAUUUGUUUCACCCUCAUUUAGGAAGACAGGCUGGUCAUCUGAGGCAUUGUUCAGGAAAGGUGGGCCAUCACCAAUUGCUACUGUCUAUCCACAAAAGGCGAGUGUUCCCGACUGUAAUUCUAGCAAAGAUGACGCCAGAGCUGCUUGUUCAGUUGAUGAAGUGCACAAAGAAGAUGUGGCUCCUGCUGACAAGGGAAAGAAAAAGGGACGGAGGCAAAAACGUGGGAAGGCGAUGUCGAUAAAGAAAUCCCCGAAGGUGCCAGCCAGGAGACAGCCAAAGAGAACAGCCUGCACUCCAAACUUGGAUCAAUCAGGGAAACAAGAUAGCACUCCUGCUACGGUUCCAUAUACUCGCCGUCAAAACGCUAGUGCUCCUUCCAGUGAGACCUUGCCUCCAAGGAAGGUGAAAUCCCCUGACUGGAUCCAGAAGAAAAGAAAAGCAAUCACUCCUUCCGUGGAGAAACUUCACCCUAACCCCAGCACUCCAAGCUGGUUACAAGCCCACAGGGAUGCUCGCAAUAGGGAAGCACAUACCACUCAGAGCAAAGAAACUGCAGUUGUUGAGUGCACACCACCAAUAUGGAAGAAGCAACACUGUGAUGAUUCUUUGAUCAUAUGGUAA